AUGCCCGGUAUUGCGCUAGCUAUGUUGUCCAUAAAAACGGAACACAACAGUGCAAUUUUAGGAUUACUCUUCCUAGCGGUCGGCUUCUGGGCGGAGUUUGAUCUCAGCAAUUACAUGGAAAUGUCACCGGAAUUUUCUGGAACUGCUCCUUACGUGUUCAUCGGCAUCGGCAUGUUAAUCCUUGUUGUUAGUUCGAUUGCCUUCUCCUGCAUAAUCAAGGCACAACCAGUCCUACUUUAUAUUUGGGUUUUGGCGUGUACCACGAUGAUGUGCGUUGGACUAAUUGCGACGCUGGCAUGUUUCCGUCACACAUUCGCAAAGGCCUUAUACAAUGGAUUAAAUCAAGCAGUCAUCAACUACAGCCAACUUAAGACUAAUUUGGACUUUGCCCAAGUCAAGAUGCAUUGCUGUGGAGUAAAUAAUUACACCGAUUGGAUCCGGAUGUCGCCGCAACGUGUAAUCCCGGUCUCAUGCUGUCUGGACCCCAACAACUGCGUCACAGCUAAUUACAGUGAUGUUUUUCAAAGGGGUUGUUACCACGUGAUCGCAAAAACUAUCGACGACAAUGCGGAAAUAUUCGUGUUUCUGGCCGUCGCUACAACCAUUCUGCCGUCAUGUGGGACGAUACUAGCCUGCGUUCUUGCGAAUGUCGUUAAUAAAUCUAAAUACGACGCUAUGGAUUAAACAUCAAAGAAUUGAAAAAUCUAUUUGAUAUUUCCGGAUUUUUAUUGCCGAAUGUUCACUGAAUUUCAUAGGACUUCUAAUUAAAGACUAAAUCGAAAUCAAUCGAGCCCUUAAUGUAAGAUUCUCGAAAUUUUAAUAAUUGUAUGUGUGUACAGUGUUUACAUCGCGUUUAUAUAGGUGAUAUAUGGAUUUGAAAAAACAAAAAUUAUAUCUAUUCUCCUAAAUCUUCAAGUAGUCGAUACUUUACUUUAACAUUGUU